AAACUGAAGACAGGCGUUCGAUUUGGCGUAAGUAGGCUACAUAAUCCAUAACUGUGAGGCUGUUUAUUCGCAAUGGGGGAAACUGCAUCAUGAGAAGCUCCACACCGUUAUGGUGACGAAAUCAAGAAGCAUGAGAUCAACAGGACGUGUAGCAUGCAUUGGUGGUUAAUAGCGUUCUAAUAAGAAACUCUGACGGAAAAGUGAACUUGGGAGACCUAGUUGUGGAUGGGAGGACAACAUGAAAUUGACCGAACUUCGCGGAAGAGUGGUUAUUAAUUCCUGCUUCGUGUUCGGAAGGUUCCGGGCUCAAAAUCUCAACCCGAAGAUCGGCUAUAUUGACAUGCUUUCGUGGUUUUCCUUAGUCCCUACAAGUCAUGGAAUUAUUUUUCUUGCAUGCAGCGAUUUUCGUGGCAUCUUUGGACUGCGGAUCUGCAGCCAGCAUCUCAACAAAUGCCACGGAGAUUAGGUCACAGAACGGAUGGUGUCCCCCAAUAUGCGCAUGCGUACUAUUAUAUCGCGUGGACUGUAUGAACGUGGAAUUGAAUAUUCUGAGUUCCUCCAUGUUUCCAAUCAAUUCCAGCAAAAUUCGCGAUUUGUGGUUAGAUAACACGAGUCUGGCCAUUUUGGAACACAACGUAUUCGAUGGAAUGGAAAGUCUGCAGCGUCUGAGUCUCGCCAACAAUUAUCUGAGGAAACUGGAUCACCGUUUAUUCUACGAUCUGCUCGGGUUGAGAUACCUUGACUUGCGUAGUAACUGCCUUGUGUCGCCGCUAGACACCAGGUUGUUUGAGUCACUGAGGCAACUCCACACUCUGAAGUUGGACUACAAUAAACUCACCACACUGGAUGCCAAAAUACUGAUUCCAAUCGCCAUAAACAUUACCGAAAUCACUCUGUCUAACAAUCCUUUCAUUUGUGACUGUGACAUCCGAGAUGCAGUAGAAUGGUUCAAUAAAUACAGACUGAAGUCAAAAGCGACCUGCGGAUAUCCGAGUGCUGGAGAAUCGUGGGAUUCUCUGUCCUUCACUGGACACUGUGAAAUUUUUCGACCACUGAAUAUUGACUUGACUUGCAAUGUGGCAUCUCGACCAGAGGAAGAGGACAGCAAGACCUCCGAUUCAUUUAAUUUAAUCGUGGUGUCAGUGGUCGCACUUUGCGGAUUCGUGGUUCUAGCGUGCGGCGGAUUGUCGUUAUACUGCUGGAGAAGAGCUGUCAGGAACUCGACCACAAAUCUUGACCGCAAAGCAAACGAAAAUAAACUUUAUGACGACAUCAGAUCAAAUGAUUAUUAUUACUAUGAGUUAGUACGUUCAGAAGUGCCCAGAUACAUGUCACCUAGCAGCUCCUGUGUACCAGAAAGUGCACCAGAACUCCCUAAAAGACCAAAACCCCAUGAUUCAUGUCAAUCCGAACAAUACGAUGAUGUGGGGGACAGCGACAGUGAUUCGUACAUAAAACCAGAAACUCCUGCAUCCGAGGAACAAACGAUUACAGCCGACAUACUGCCAGCCUCAGGACGACCUCUCGCUCGCAAUGAAGUCCUCAGCCAUUCUCACAAUGCGAGGGAACACGCCGAUUCCACAGAGCUUCGUAAGGUUUCCUGUCUUGUAGCUGGCGCACUUGAAGAACGAACGGAUACAGAGGCUUCUCUGACGCCAGAAGAAGUGACCUCGAGUCCUGGAUUACGAGACGAUACAUCUCAAGUUAUUGAACUUCCUAUUGUCCAGACUCAGGGUCCAGACUAUUUUUGAAACAGAGAGAGCUUCUGUAAAUAGUGAAGGAAUCUUUCAGCAAAUGAGAGAAACCAUUGAAGAGGUGUAUAUCGAUACAUUUAUUCCAAUCAAAACGUUUGAAGGACCUCAAAUGAUACGUUAAAGUAAUCGCCAUGUUGAAAUUGUAACUGACCCUAAUGGAGGAACGAUAAUUGACCUUUUUCGAAUUCAAUCCAAAACGUCACACCCCGUUCAUUCUGCGCCCAUUUUAAUACCAGUUAUCCAUCUACGUCCAAGUCUCCCACGUUGUCUCUUUCCUUCACAUUUUCCGACUAAAUUUUAUUCACGACGAUAAAAGAGUGAUUUGGAAACUAAUGAGAGCGGAGACAAGGCAACGUCGAUGCAGAAUAUGAAUUGCAGGAUUAGGUUGAAAAACGUAAUGCGACAGGACGUAAGAAUGAGUGGACAUCCCGAUAACGCCGGGAGCAAGGCAGGACCUGAACAAAGUCUGAUCGGGCAUAGCUGAAGUUCUUAUCAGGGCCCUGCAUAACUGCGUGUUUUUUUAAAGACAACUUCCGCAUCUAUUAUCAGUAUUUCAACAAACGGCUCCCAUACGGAACUCGGCACACUAUGUGAUGAAAUCAUACGAAGAUUGUUCGCUCGAGUCGCUUUUACGAACAGUGAAUAAGAUUGAAGUGGACAAUGGACUUCCGGUUGAGUUUGUGCACAGCGCUGAUGCUCAGGACUGUGUCACUUGUAUCAACUACAAGAACUUGCGUCGCCGAAAAUGGAACGCUUUCAUGCAACAAGACAGACCCAGUCGCAUUGCAGGAAUAUGCAGAAGUGAUAAUAAAACCUUCUGAAUUACAAGACACGGAAACAUUCUCAAGUGUUGCCGCGGCGGCAGCAGAUGACAGCGCACCUUAUGC